AUGGGAGCUUUGCAGAUUGCUGGAUUUUCCAUCCUUUUCUUUCUCCUCCACUCUGGAAACACGCUGGCAAAUAAAGCCAGUCAAGAUGUCGACGAGUGUGUGGAGGGCACCGACAACUGCCACAUCGACGCCAUCUGCCAGAACACCCCCAAGUCCUACAAGUGCAUCUGCAAGUCCGGCUACACCGGCGACGGGAAGCACUGCAAAGACGUUGACGAGUGCGAGCGGGAAGACAACGCCGGCUGCGUCCACGAGUGCGUCAACAUCCCCGGCAACUACCGCUGUACCUGCUACGACGGCUUCCGCCUGGCACACGACGGCCACAACUGCUUAGACCUGGACGAGUGCUCGGAGGGCAACGGUGGCUGCCAGCAGACCUGCGUCAACAUGAUGGGCAGCUACGAGUGCUUCUGCCGGGAGGGCUUCUUCCUCAGCGACAACCAGCACACCUGCAUCCAGCGCCCCGAAGAAGGAAUGAACUGCAUGAACAAGAACCACGGCUGCGCCCACAUCUGCCGGGAGACCCCCAAGGGGGGCAUCGCCUGCGAGUGCCGCCCCGGCUUCGAGCUCACCAAGAACCAGCGCGACUGCAAACUGACCUGCAACUACGGGAACGGGGGCUGCCAGCACACCUGCGACGACACCGACCAGGGGCCCAAGUGCGGCUGCCACGUCAAGUUUUUGCUGCACUCCGAUGGGGUGACGUGCAUAGGGGAGAGACACUUCCAGCAACACGUUAUCCUUGAGACGUUUUCUAAUGAGACGUGUGCUGUGAACAACGGGGGCUGCGACAGCAAGUGUCACGACGCGGCCACGGGCGUGCACUGCAGCUGCCCCAUGGGCUUCAUGCUCCAGCCCGACAGGAAGACGUGCAAAGACAUCGAUGAGUGUCGGCUCAACAACGGCGGCUGCGACCACAUCUGCAGGAACACGGUGGGCAGCUUCGAGUGCAGCUGCAAGAAGGGCUACAAGCUGCUCAUCAACGAGAGGAACUGCCAAGACAUCGACGAGUGCUCCUUCGACCGGACCUGCGACCACCUCUGCAUCAACACCCCCGGCAGUUUCCAGUGCCUCUGCAACAAGGGCUACACGCUGUACGGGCUCACCCACUGUGGAGACAUCGACGAAUGCAGCAUUAACCGGGGAGGCUGCAAAUUCGGCUGCAUCAACACACCCGGCAGCUACCAGUGUACCUGUCCUGCCGGCUGCAAGCUGCACUGGAACAAAAAGGAUUGUAUAGCCGGCGCGUGUCCCUCAGAGUUGGUGAAAUGCCUGCCAGGUUCGGUCCCGCGGGCCACCCUCACCUGCAACAAGACGGGCAAGAAGGACAGCUGUGCCCUCACCUGCGCCUCCAAGGCCCGCUUUCUGCCAGAAUCUGACAGCAGCUACACGGUGAGCUGUGGGACCCCCGUCCUGCGGCAGGGCGGCCAGCAGAGACCCGCCAACAGCAGCCAGCAAUGCCUCGAGACUGUCGUUGCACCAAUCAAGCAAAAGGCUUCCUUCAAGAUCAAGGAUGCCAAGUGCCACCUGCACCCACGAGCCAAGGGCAAGCAGGAUGAGGCCGGGAAGGCUGGGGCACAAGGCGGUUCGGCACCUUGCUCCGACUGCCAGGUCGCCUUCGUCAACCUCAAGUGCGACUCGUCCAAGAAGGGGAAGGGCCGCCGGGCUCGCAACUCCUCCAACAAGGAGGUGACGCGCAUCACGCUGGAGUUUGAAGCGGAGGUCAAGCCGGAGGAGAUCACAGCCAGCUGCAACCUGCACUGCCUGCGCCAGAGAUGCCCCCCUGGCACCUACCAGGAGAAGGAAGGGCAGCUGUCCUGCGACCUGUGUCCCCGCGGUGAUGCUUUCGGACCGGUGGGAGCCACCAACAUCACCGGCUGCACAGGUCAGUGUCCCCCCGGCCAGCACUCGGCCGAUGGCUUCAAGCCCUGCCAGCCGUGUCCCCGCGGGUCCUACCAGCCCGAGGUGGGGCGGGCGCUCUGCUUCCCCUGCGGCGGGGGGCUGAACACGCGCCACGAGGGAGUCUCCUUCCAGGACUGCGACACCAAAGUCCAGUGCUCCCCCGGGCAUUACUACAACACGAGCGUCCACCGCUGCAUCCGCUGCACCGUGGGCACCUACCAGCCUGAUUUUCGGCAGAAUUACUGCAUUGCCUGUCCCGGCAACACCACCACCGACUUCGACGGCUCCACCUCCGUGUCCCAGUGCAAAAACCGGCAGUGCGGGGGGGAGCUGGGCGAAUACACGGGCUACAUCGAGUCCCCCAACUAUCCGGGGAAUUACCCCGCUAACGUCGAGUGCACCUGGAACAUCAACCCGCCGCCCAAGCGCAAGAUCCUCAUCGUGGUGCCGGAGAUCUUCCUCCCCUCCGAGGACGAGUGCGGCGACGUCUUGGUCAUGCGGAAAAACUCCUCCCCGUCCUCCAUCACCACCUACGAGACGUGCCAGACCUACGAGAGGCCCAUCGCCUUCACCGCCCGCUCUCGGAAACUGUGGAUCAACUUCAAAACCAGCGAAGCCAACAGCGCCCGGGGCUUCCAGAUCCCCUACGUCACCUACGACGAGGACUACGAGCAGCUGGUGGAGGACAUCGUGCGGGACGGCAGGCUCUACGCCUCCGAAAACCACCAGGAGAUCCUCAAGGACAAGAAGCUCAUCAAAGCUUUCUUCGACGUGCUGGCGCACCCCCAGAACUACUUCAAGUACACGGAGAAACACAAGGAGAUGCUGCCCCGCUCCUUCAUCAAACUCCUCCGCUCCAAAGUCUCCAGCUUCCUCCGGCCUUACAAAUAGCACCCGCGCCCCCGCCGCCCCCGGGCCGCCCCGCAGCCAAGGAAAACCUCUUCUCCCUUCC